GUUCCAUGGCGAGGGCUAUGAGGAGGGGUAUGCUGAGGGCAGCCACCUUGGGGCUGCUGAGGGGAGGAGAUAUGGAUCACUCCAUGGUGCCAAGAUCGGCUCUGAGGUUGGCUGCUACCUUGGGUUUGCACUGACCUGGCAGUGCCUGCUCCAGAAAUGCACGGAUGAAAAGAACAGCAAAAAGAUAAGGGCUCUGGAUUCAUUAAUAGGCAUGAUUCAGAAAUUCCCAUAUGAAGACCCCACUUAUGAUAAGCUGCAAGAAGAUCUGGAAAAAAUCAGAGGAAAAUUUAAACAGGUUUGCUCAGUGCUAAAUAUUCAGUCUGAUUUUAGAAUUGGCACUGAAAGAUCUUCACUAACGUUUUGAAUAAAGCAGAUGAAGAUAAACAUGGAUGACUA